AUGGUGGUUCGAACACAGUCAGGACGAGGUUUAGGAUGGAUCGUUGCAGCUUUCUUCAUCGUUGCAGAUAUGGUUGGUGGUGGAGUUGUAGCAAUGCCCGUUGCAUUCCUUCAAACAGGGCUUGUCAUUGGUAUAAUAUUUAUGGUUGUGAUAACAAUAUUUUUCGCUUACACGGCUCAUCUACUCAGCCAGAAUUGGAUCAUUAUGCAGCAACGAUGGCCGGUUUAUCAGAGUCACUGUCGUAAACCAUAUACCGAAAUGGCGAUGAGAAGUAUGGGAAAAACGAUGAAGAUAAUUGCUGCUCGUAUUGUUUAUUUGACAAUGUUUGGCACAUCAGUGGUAUUUAUAUUACUUUCGACUAAAAUUUUUCAACAUUUUUUGGCAUCAUUUUUUGGCAUUGAUAUUAGCCUUUGCUAUUUGAUAUGUGUUAUAACCAUUGCUAUUAUGCCGCUCACAUAUCUCAAAUCGCCAGCUGAUUUUUGGUUAGCAAUUGUAAUUGCAAUGUUAUGUACCGUCAUGGCGGUUUUAUUGAUUGCUUUGGGUAUUAGUUUAGAUAUACGCGCAUGUAUAUCAGAAGCGUAUUAUCCAAAAGCUUCAAUUAGUGGUGCAGUGGUUAGCUUAGGUACUUUCCUGUUUGCAUUCAGUGGUCAUCAGGUAUUUCCUACCAUUCAACACGAUAUGCGUCGUCCCAUUGAUUUCUCUAAAUCGAUCAUUCUUGGUUUUUGUAUUGUGACAUUAUUGUAUAUGCCAUUAUCGGUUUACGGUUAUUUGACAUACGGUAGCAGCAUGUAUAGUUCGAUAAUCGAUUCCAUCCAAACAUCAUGGAUCCGGCAUGCGGCUAAUUUAACCAUAGCUAUUCAUUGUAUUUUUGCUUUAAUCAUUAUGGUUAAUCCGUUAAAUCAACAAGCUGAACAUUUCUUCAAUGCACCACAUUCAUUUGGAAUUGAACGUGUGCUAAUCCGUUCCGGUGUACUAUUCACAAUACUAUUUUGUGCUCUAACUGUACCCGAUUUUGGACCAUUUAUGAAUUUAGUUGGUGCAUUAACAAAUCCACCAACUUGUGUUUUAUUGCCAGCAUUAACAAAUUUAUAUCUAAAUGCAAUGAGUAUUGAUGAAAAAACCGGCGAUUACAAAAUACCAACAUUUCCUGAAGUUAUACGAAGGACUGAUAUUAAAAAAUUGCUAUGGAAUGGUUUUAUUAUUAUGACCGCAUUAAUAGCUGGCAUUGUAAGUGCCUAUUUGGCAGUACAAGAAAUUUUGACAGUUCAUUUUACACCACCAUGCUACCUCCGACCAUUUUUUACGCAGUCCUAUGAAAUUUUACAUAAUGAAAAGAUUCGUUGCUGUGGUGUGGGACAAAAUAUUUACAUCUAUGGUAAUGCUACCGAAAUGUGCCAAAUAUCAACUCAAGUAUUAUCGUGA